GUAGAAUGAUCAUACUCCAAGUCUUCAAACCCAAAAAGCAAAGAACAGAAUAUAUUACUUUCUUCCUUCACACUACUACCCAUUCCACAAAUCUUCCAUUUUUACUUUUUUCCUAUAAUGAUUAAGCUCUAACCCAUCUUACCCAAUUCCCUUGCUGACAAAUGACGACAAACUAAUCCAUACCAUCAUUAACGAUGUUGAUAUGCGAUGAUUUUCAACUAUUGAUUCAUUUAUCCAACAAUUCCAUUACCCACUUUCUUCCUCUUCCGUUCUUUGCCAGAACUCGCCGUAUUUCCAACUUCAGUCUUGAUUAUCUAUUCGAACAAGAUUGAGAGUCUUAGAAGUUAAGAACCUUCUUGGUGAAAUGGGUUUCUAUUUUGGUUUGUUUCUUGGCUUACCAAUAGGCAUCGGUUUGAUUUUCCGUUUCGCUCGUAGUCAAAAUAUCCGAUCUAAGCAGCGUUCUGCUUUGGCUGCAACUGUGGCGGCUUUUGCUAGGUUAACAGUUCAGGAUUUGAAGAAGAUUCUUCCAUCUGACAAUUACCCACCAUGGAUUGUUUUCUCACAGAAGCAAAAGGUCAGCUUAAUUGGCUUAAUGUUCAACUUGUGAAAAUUUGGCCAUAUAUAAAUGAGGCAGCAUCAGAGUUAAUCCGAAGUUCAGUUGAGCCUAUUUUGGAGCAAUAUAGACCGGUAGUCUUAGCUUCUCUGAAGUUCUCAAAGUUAACUCUUGGUACUGUGGCACCUCAAUUUACAGGAAUAUCUAUACUUGAAGGUGAUGAUAAGGGAAUUACAGUGGAAUUGGAGAUGAAAUGGGAUGGAAACCCUAAAAUUGUUCUUGAUAUCAAAACCAGAGUUGGUUUAUCACUACCUAUAGAGGUCAAGAACAUUGCAUUCACAGGAGUUUUCAGGUUAAUUUUCAGCCCACUUGUUGAUGAGUUUCCUUGCUUUGGUGCAGUCUGCUAUUCCCUGAGGGAGAAGAAAAGGAUGGAUCUUACUCUUAAGGUUAUUGGUGGGGAUAUCUCAGCAAUUCCUGGAAUUGCAGAGGCUAUCGAGGAAACUCUUCGAGAUGCUGUAGAAGACUCGAUUACCUGGCCAGUACGAAAUAUCAUUUCCAUUUUACCUGGGGAUUACAGUGACCUGGAGUUGAAACCUGUUGGAACAUUAGAAGUAAAGCUUAUACAGGCAAAGGAAUUGACAAAUAAAGAUCUGGUUGGAAAAUCUGAUCCUUAUGCUGUCUUAUUUAUCCGUCCUUUGCGCGCGAAAAUGCAAACUAGCAAGACAAUUAACAACCAAUUGAAUCCUAUCUGGAAUGAACACUUUGAGUUUAUAGUCGAAGAUCCAUCCACACAACACUUAACAGCGAGACUGUUUGAUGAUGAAGGCAUUCAAGCUGGUGAGCUCAUCGGCUGUGUUCAGAUUCCAUUGAAGGAUCUUGAGCCUGGUAAAGUGAAGGAUGUAUGGUUGAAGCUUGUCAAAGAUUUGGAGGUCCAGAGGGAUACAAAGUACAGGGGCCAGGUACACUUGGAGCUCUUAUAUUGUCCUUUUGGUACGGAAAGUGUCUUUACAAAUCCUUUCAAUCCUGAUUUCCGGUUAACUGCACUAGAGAAGGUCCUUAAAACUGGAAUUGAUGGAGGAAGUACUCCAGAUGCUGUGAGAUCUAGUGCUCUGAAGAAGGAUGUCAUACUUCGAGGAGUUUUAUCUGUUACAGUGAUAUCAGCAGAGGAUUUGCCAGCCGUAGAUUUGAUGGGAAAAUCAGAUCCCUUUGUUGUACUAAUCAUGAAGAAGUCCAACCAAAAAAAUAAGAGCAGGGUUGUAAAUAACAGCUUGAAUCCAGUUUGGAACCAAACAUUUGACUUUGUUGUAGAGGAUGCAUUGCAUGACUUGCUAAUAAUAGAAGUUUGGGAUCACGACACUUUCGGAAAGGAUAAGAUGGGUAAAGUAAUAAUGACACUCACUAGGGCAAUACUGGAAAAAGAAUUCACAGAUACAUUUGCAGUAGAUGGGACUAAAUCUGGGAAGCUAAAUCUACAUAUCAAGUUUAUUUCUAAACCAAUAUUCAGGGAUUCAUAGUUCUAUAUUUGUCCCAACAUAUUCAUUGUGCAGAUCCUGAUUAAUAUAGUUUUUUUAUUCUCAUUGUGUUGUAAAGAAUCAUUGUUAUUGUGAAUAAAGAUUUAGUUGUACUUGGAAAAGAGUGCACAUAUAUAAUUUUUCUUUUCCACUAUUGUUUCGAAGAACACGAAAGUGAUGUAUAAUAUUCAAGGAUAGAAAGUUGGUUGA